AUGGCCGGAGAAAAGCGAAAGGAGGAGGAGAUUGCAGAAGUGCCCGAUCCGGUGGAGAAGGGUCAGGUGAAAAAUCCUGAACUGAAGGACCUGGAGGAGGAGCUGGCGAUGCUCUACCAGCAUGAGAAGCUGGACGGCCUCUAUUUGUACGGCAUCACGUUGAAGGGCUUGGAGCGGAAAGAGGAAGCGCGAAGGAUCUUGCUGGAAUCGGUCAGUGCCUUCCCUUGCAACUGGUCUGCCUGGCUGGACAUCAUCAGCAUCUCCUCGGACCUCAACGACGUCGACGAGUGCCGCAAGGACCUGAAUUUGCCCAAUCACUGGAUGAGCCAAUUCUUCGAGGCCGCUUUUGAACUAGAGCUGCAGCGAAAUGAGAGCGCAAAGAACCUCUACUUGCAGCUCCGCGCGACGUUCCCAGACUCGUCGUACCUCACAUCACAGCUGGCGACCUGCUUCUACAACAUGAGGAGCUUCGACGCCUCUCAAGCAGCCUUUGAAGAGAUGCGGAAGAGAGAUCCUUAUCGACUCACCUCCUUGGACACCUAUUCCAACAUCCUCUUCGUGAAGGAACGCUCUGCGGCUUUGAGCCACCUCGCACGCCACGUGGUCAAGAUUGACAAGUACACACCGGAAGCCUGUAGCAUCAUUGGAAACUACUACAGCCUGAAGGGGGAGCACGAGAAAGCGGUGAUUUACUUCCAGAGAGCCUUGAGCCUCAACCGGCACUUCACUCCAGCGUGGAUUCUGAUGGGUCACGAGUUCAUGGAGAUGAAGAAUACGCCGGCUGCCAUCGACGCCUACCGGACAGCCGUGACGCUCAAUCAGAGGGACUAUCGGGCGUGGUAUGGCUUGGGGCAAACCUAUGAGUUGCUCAGCCUUCACUACUACGCCCUCUUCUACUACCGCCGUGCGAUGAUGCUCCGCCCAGACGAUGCACGCAUGUGGUGCGCCAUGGCGCAGUGCUAUGAUCUCAUGGGUCGCAAGGUGGAGGCGCUGCGCUGUUACGAGAAGGCGCACCGCUGUGGGGACCGGGAGCGGAUGGCGCUGCCACGGCUCGCGCGGCUCCACAGGGACUUGGGGCAGCGGAGGCAAGCUGCUGCCUACUACACGCAGAUGCUCGAGCAGAAUGGCUUGGGCGAUGUAGGUGCCGGUCCGCUCCAACCGGUGGGUCUCUCCACGGAGGAAGCGUUACGCUUUCUGAUGGCCUACACGACAGAGGAGGGCUGCUGGGAGGACGCCGAAGCCUACGCCAUGCGGCUCUUGGAUACUUCUGGGCCUGAGAAGGACGAGGCCAAAGCGAUGCUUCGGAAACUGCGGCAGCGCGACCUGGGUCAAUGCCGGAAAGCCCUGGGCUCCACGGCUGAAGGCUCCUAUGUGUCGCCCUUGGAUUCCGAAAUCACUUUUCCCUUCAAUCAGCUCGCCAGUGCCAACAUCGAGGCAGAUGAGGACGGCUGGACGGAAGACAUCCGGAACUUCCAAAAGGCGGUGACGGCCAUGAGUGACUCGGUGGGCACCAAUGAAUGGAAAACGGCCACUGGGAAGCAUUGA